CCAGAAACCACCUUGACCGCGCUCAUCUUGGAGACACGUUCCAAUGCCAGUAAAAAUAUUCCAUACUCGAGUUCUGAACUACAACGAGCGAUAGACUCGUUCAGCAGUGUUUUAUCUUCAUCUGAGUCCGAAAAGCUCGACUGGAGUGCUCUACGCGCGCUGAUAGCAAAGUCCGCCCACAUAACACACAAGGAGUGGGACAAAACGGAAGCUGCGGGAGAAGAACUGGCGGCUUUACUACCAGAUGUUAAAGAUUCGUGUUUCCAACAAUUAUUCCAGCGAGUCUUGGAGGGUGGACAUUGGGAUAGUGCAGCAGCAGCCGCCGCCGGUAGGCCGGCUUCUCAGAAACCUUGGGUUGUAUUAGUUACAGGUGUGAACGGUAUCAGGAAAACAUCGACCAUCUACGAGCCUUGGUUCAGAGAAGUACUGGCCGAGGCACUCAAUGGGCAAUUUAGUGGUGAUGCCAACGAUCUACCUGUGGGUGGCAAUAGCUUCUUCAGACAGCUUGAUUAUAUCAUCGCUACGGCCGCCAAUAAAGACUUUAAGACGCUAUAUGAGAUCAAGGAUGUCCACUUGUAUGCUCAGUUCAAGGACAUGAUCUUCACAAGAGGACGGACCCUGGCGGAGAUGAUCGGGGUCGUGUUUGUCAAGGCAGCGCAGAGAGAACGAAUGAAUGUAAUGGUGGAAACAAGUGGUAGAGAUAUAGGCAUGUUCACAUAUGUGGACCACUUCUUCCCGGACUCUGAGUACAACAAGCUCGUCAUCAACUUUACCAUCAACGACAUCGGGUACGCAGAACGAUCGGUGGACAAACGCAUGCUGGGCGAAAUGGACGUGGGCAGAAGCGCUCUCGCAACUAACGCAGACACAAUCGAGGUCAUCAAAGCCAAUGCGGGUGGUCCGUACGGGUCCAAAGUCCUGCGCCAGGUGCAUGAAGACUCGAACAGGGUGUGGGAUACAAUCCACAAGGGUGAGACAGAAGUGGGUAAAUCUUGGUACAAGGCAAGGAUUGCUAUUGAAGGACACGACGAGAAGGAGUGGGUUGUCCGUGCCAGCGGGAGUGGCACAAAACAGUUUGAGUUUACGCCGAGAACAAGUCAGUUUAAGAAGGUAAAGAUAGAUGCGUCUCAAUAGUCAAGGUGUAUGCAUGGAGAAGACGCGAAGAAGUCCUAUUCUUUGCUGAAAAACAAUGGCGGUGGUUUUAGGAACGUAAAAAUUAAUAAAUGUUAACAGUCGUGCCGAAGAUGGCGCAAUAAAGUAGUGUGCUCACACAGCGCUUGUCAGUGGCGGGUGUGUGUUGCUGCAAUCAAAUAAAUCAAC